UUAAAGCAGUUUCAGAAAACCGGUAAAGGACCAAAGACUAGAGACGCCACAUCAAGUCCAAAGCAUAAAAUACCAAAAGGGAACAAUUCAAAUAGUGUCGCUGAAAGAAGAGACAGUGAAAACAAAGACAGUGAUCAUAAACUUGAAGAGUGUAACUCGGUUACAAGUGUGGAUAAUACUGAAACUGUGAUAAAUUCAACACAGGAAACUUCAGUGGAGAGUUCUAGUGUUCAAGAACCAGUGUCUGUGGAAGGAGUGAGUGUUCCAGCUAAAGAAGUGAUAUUUGUUGAUGAAAAUAAAGACAAUAGAGUUGAUAAGGAGACUGAAAAACUGACUGGUGAAGCUGUAAACGAAACACAAUAUUCCAACAGGGGGAAUAAUCUGGUAACAGGUCAAGUUCAAUAUCAAGACUCUGGUUACAGCCACAGUGAUAAACGAUCAGGUUCCCAUCAAAUGAUGGCCAGACCUACUGCCUCUACAGAGAGUCUCCAGCAACUUUCACGACAAAUAAAUGGAAUUUUAGCCGAGUCACCAGUGGGAUUUGAAGCAGAACAGUGUCAGUCAGAGAUAGCCGACCUUGAGACCAGGAACCGGGAACUAGCAGCUUUACUAGCCCAGCACGCACAGGCUAAUGAACAGUUAAAUAUACAAAAUGAGCAAAUUAGACAGCAUGCAAUAAGUGUACAAUCUCAACUAGAGAAAGAAAGAUCUGAAACACAACAGCGAGUCAAUAAAGAACUAGGUCCACUUAAAGAACAGUUACAGGUACAUAUACAAACUAUAGGUAUACUAGUAGCUGAGAAAACAGAAUUACAGUCCCAGUUAUCACAGUCUCAAAAGAUCUCAGAACAGAGAAUUGGAGAAGUUGAAGAUCUGACGGGGCGACUUAAAACAUCUCGACAGCGAGUGGCAGAUCUUGAACGUAGUUUAGCGACGUCAUCAAACUCUAGUCAGAAAUUAGAACAGACAAGUAAAGAAAGUGCAAAAGAAAUAGACAGAUUAAAAUUGGAAGUAUUCAAAUUAAAUAAAGCACAAGAAGAGUUGAAGCAGACUUCAUCAGAAGUACAGGAAAAAUUCAAGUCAAAGGCAUCAGAGUGCAGUGGUUUACAGCACAGCCUUGACGAGCUCAAGAGGAGAUUAGAAAUGGCAGAGUUAUAUAACCAGCAAUUGUCCAAUCAGAAUGAAGCCGGCACGGAGACGUUGAAAAUUGUAGAACAGCUUCAACAGGAGCGUGACAGUCUGAUGUUACAAGUACAACAGUAUGCAGAAUCGUUACAGAGAGUCUCGAUAGAGAAGGACCAACUUACGGAACAGUAUAAACAAUACAUGGAGCAGUUACAGAAUCAAAAUUCCAAGCUUACUUCUCAGAUUUCGUCACUUACUGAAGAUGGAGAUAAAAUGGUUACCCAGAAUCAUACCCUUGAAGCAGCUGUGGUGGAGUUACAAAGAAAACUAGAGGAUAUAUCAAGCCAGGGACCAGUGGUGGACGAGACUAUACAAGAAGAACUUAAACAAGAGGUGUUAAAAUUACAAUCUGAAUAUACGGACCUGUCGGGUCGACACGAGGCACAAAUACGUGACAACUCACAGUUGAGCAGGCUUCUAGAGGAGAAAGAGAUCAAGCUGGGAGAGCUGGAAACCAGAUUGGAAGAAUUAGGAGAUUUAGCCGGGGACAAGGCUGAGCUGCUUGAAAAUAUACAGAGUGACAAGACGGCAUUGAGUCGAGCUUUAACACAAAACAGGGACCUUAAACAACAACUAGCAGAACUUCAAAAUGGGUUUGUGAAAAUGAGUAAUGACAAUAUGGAGAUGAUGACCCAGUUACAGACGGAGCAACAUUCUAGUCGAGAUCUACAAGCAAAACUUGCCCAGCAGGAAGAUGAGCUGAAGGAUUUCAGAGAAAUGCUUUCGGUGAAGGAAGUUGAGCUACAGUCGGCCCAGGAGAAUUCUGUAGAAGCGAACAAGGCCAGGUUAUUACAUGAGCAGAUACAGGAUAGGCUGAGACAUUACGAGGCCCAGGCUCAACUUGUAGAAACUCUACAGAAAGAAUUGCAUUCCUCUCAGGACAUGGUGGAUGCAUUGACAACACAGAACAGUGAGCUAAGAUCUAUGUUGAUACGUGCUACAGAAACCAAAGCCCUCAAUCCAGAUUCCUCCGUCGAAAACGCACAGAGAGAAAAUGUGAUUGACUCGCUGCAGGGUACCAUUCAGCAGCUAGAGAUAGAGAGGAACCAGCUGAUGGACAGUUUAAAGACCCAGAGGGAUAUGUCGGACAACCUCAGUGUCAAAGUCUCUGAUCUGCAAGAAGAAAUUGUCCAAAACAAUUCAUCAAAUACAGAGAAUGAUAAAGUUUCUCGUAAAGAUUAUGAGAAGAUUAAGUAUGCCCUGGAUAUGAUACAGGACAAGUAUAAUCGUGUGAUGAGAGAUAAAGCUGACCUCUCUGACAAAGCUGAUGAGUUAGAACAUCUGGUGCUACAGCUACAAGGCGAGACUGACACUAUAGGCGAGUAUAUAUCACUAUAUCACCACCAGAGGGCACUGUUACAGCAGCGGGAAUUACAGAAAAAUGAUUACAUUAAACAACUGGCCAAAGAUAGAGAGGAGCUGCAGGACAAACUAGGAGAGCUACAGACACUGGUGAUGCAGUUGAUGGGAGAGAAGAACAUGUUACAGAGUUAUCAUAUGGAGUCUGAGAGACCGGUCUCUCCUAACAUACACCCUCCUGUAGCCACACAGAAACUUCAUAACAAACAUGAUGAUUGGCCAGAUUACACGAGUUCGGAAUCGGACACAGAGAGUGAGGUGGAGACGAUCGUAGGCGGAAAGGACGACGUUGUAGUGCACAAUGGACAUGUAGCGAUGGAUAGUACAUCGGACACGAGUGAAAUAAACAAUACCAAUAAUUCACUAACCAAUCAUAUAGACAAUGCACACGUACAUUUAGACUCUCAAACCCAACGUGUGCGAACGCAUUCAACACAUUCGACACAUUCCAAGUCUCCUGACGACAAGGAAGAAGUGACGGCACAUAAAAUUCUGAAUUUACUGACGGAAAUCGGACAUUCAAACUUGGUGGAUAGUGCAAGUUUUAUGGAGAAACAGUUUCACCCGUGUAAAUAUUGUAAGGGAAGGUUACAAAUAUUAUAGUAUACAGUAUAGCUUGAUAUAAUAUUGCAGGGUGGCUGGGUUUUCGGGCUUGUCAGUACAUAGAAGGAGAUAGUUGGAGUAAAACGCAAAACAUAUUGGAUGCCAAUGAAAUAUAUUGAUAGGCGUUCAUCAGUUUUUGGAGUGGAAAAAAUGUGUCAUUAGAACUCCUUUAGUUUAACCAUCACUAUUAUCAUGUGAGAUAUUUAACUUUUAUGUCUCUACUUUUUCAUGUUACUUUAAUCAUUAAAUUCAGAUGCCAGUAGCCAAUAUCAUAAUUAUACUGUUAAAAAAACAACAACAAAAAACAGGAUA